AUGAGAUUUCAUUUGGACAUAAACAGAGAUACCAUCAAGGUAGACAACCAAAAAAAGGGGGUGUGGGUAUUUGGUUUGGCAGAUCUGUCAUUUACCUCAGCUAAAAUCUUAUUACAUGUUGUUCCCAAUAGAACUGCCUCCAUGUUUUUACCAAUAAAUGAGAAAGUUUGUUUACCUGGGAUUGUAAUACACUCUAAUGAAUGGCGUAUUUAUAUAUUCAUUGGUAAUGGUAAUUUGCGAUUUUCGCAUUUAACUAUUUAUCACACUGAAAUCUUUGUGAAUCGCCAAAUUUUUGUUCACACUCAGAACAUUGAAAGUGCAGGAAAUAAAUGCAAGUAUGUUCUAAAAAUACACAAAGGUAUUGUAGCAUCAAAAGAUAAUUUUAUCUUAAAGUACUAG